AUGAGUCGGGACGUGGCUGGCAGCAAGGCACGUAUCCAUCUAGGAUACCAUCUGAUUCCGCACAUUGUUCAGACAGUGCUUGCCGAGCUGCCUUCGAGCGCCUAUGUAUUUGUCACGGAUACCAAUCUUGCCAAGCUUGGCGUUGUCGAAAAGUUCCGAGAUGCGUUUGCCGAGCACAACCCUGCAGGCUUUCCGGCACGUGUGCUCGUAUACGAGGUAGCGCCAGGCGAAGAAAGCAAGAGCCGCGCGACGAAAGCCGCGAUUGAAGACUGGAUGCUCGAGCAUCGUCUUACGCGCGACACGGUGGUGCUUGCGUGUGGUGGUGGCGUGAUUGGUGAUCUAGUCGGAUUUGUAGCGUCGACAUUUAUGCGUGGCGUAAAGUAUGUCCAGAUUCCCACCACGCUUCUCGCCAUGGUCGAUUCUGCCGUGGGCGGCAAAACAGCCAUCGACACGGCGCACGGCAAGAAUUUGAUCGGUGCGUUCCACCAGCCGCAGUUUGUGUUUGUGGAUGCCGCAUGGCUCCUUACGCUUCCCCCCCGCGAGUUUAGCAACGGUAUGGCAGAAGUGGUCAAGACGGCCGCUAUUUGGGACGCCGCUGAUUUCCGAAAACUCGAGACGGAGUCUGACGCGAUCCGCUCUGCGGUUUUGGGCGAGGCUGCGCGUGUAUUUAAAGGCGAUGCUGGGCGUACGCUGGAGACGCGUUCCGAGGAGCAGACCCUGCUUCUCGACGUGAUCCGCGGAAGUAUCGGUGUCAAGGCGCACAUUGUCACGAUUGACGAAAAAGAGACGGGCCUGCGCAACCUGGUGAACUUUGGCCAUUCGGUAGGCCAUGCAAUAGAGGCUGUCCUUACGCCAGAGGUGCUGCAUGGCGAGUGUAUUGCCGUGGGCAUGAUUCUUGAAGCGGAGAUUGCGCGUUUCGAGGCGGGUCUUUCGCAAGUCGCCAUUGGGCGCCUCGCGCGGUGUUUGCAGCUGUACGAUCUGCCUGUCUCCCUUGGCGAUGCGCGCAUCACCGCGCUGUCCAAGUCGCAGGGGCUCACCGCCGACAAGCUUUUGGACAUUAUGCGCGUGGACAAGAAGAAUGCCGGCGCGAAAAAAAAGGUGGUGCUUUUGGCGAAGAUUGGGCGCACGGUGGAAGAGCGCGCAAGCACAGUGUCUGACGCAGUUAUUGCGCGCAUCCUUGCGCCUGCCGCCAUGGUCCGCCCCCUCUUGCCCGUGCCAGCAAAGCCACAAGCGACCAUUACGACGCCCGGCUCGAAAUCGAUCUCGAACCGCGCGCUUUUGCUCGCUGCGCUCGGCACGGAUACGUGCCGGCUGCGCAAUGUGCUUCACUCCGACGAUACGCAAGUGAUGAUCAAUGCACUGCGGUGCCUGCGCACGGCCGACUUUGCGUUUGAGGACGACGGCCGGACUUUGGUCGUCUACGGCCACGGCGGCCGUGUUCUUCCUCCGCCGGACGGAAAGCCGCUUUAUUUGCAAAAUGCCGGCACUGCUGCGCGCUUCCUCACCGCCGUCUGUGCGCUGCAGCAGCCUGCGAUGGGAGAGACGAGCGAUGGGAUUCGCAUCACGGGCAAUGCGCGCAUGAAGGAGCGCCCCAUUGCACCAUUGGUCGAUGCGCUUUGUUCCAACGGCGUCUCGAUUGCGUACGACGAGCAAGAGGGAAGUUUGCCGCUGCACAUUGCGAGCCAGGGCAUGCAGGGCGGCGCCAUCCAGCUUGCGGCGAAUGUCAGCUCGCAGUACGUCUCGGCCAUUUUGCUGGUCGCGCCGCUCUGCAAAGAAGACGUCACGCUCGAGCUCGUCGGCGGCAAAGUCAUUUCACAGCCCUACAUUGACAUGACGAUUGCUAUGAUGCGCACGUUUGGAAUCGCUGUUGUGCGGCUUUGCGGCGCGGAUGGCACGCCGCGCGAUGCGUACCACAUUGCGCGGGGCGCAUACCACGCGCCAGCUGUGUACGAAAUCGAAAGCGAUGCGAGCAGUGCGACGUACCCCCUCGCGCUUGCCGCCAUCACCGGGACGCAGUGCACGAUUUCCAGCAUCGGCUCCGCCUCCCUCCAAGGCGACGCGCGCUUUGCCGCUCAAAUUCUUGCGCCCAUGGGCUGCCUUGUGGAGCAGACAGAACACAGCACCUCGGUCCAAGGCCCGCCGCCCGGGACGCUGCGCCAGCUUGGCGCUGUUGAUAUGGAGGACAUGACCGAUGCGUUUAUCACUGCCGCCGUGCUUUUUGCCGUCGCACAACCCGGCGAGUCCACGCGCAUUGCCGGCGUUGCGAACCAGCGCGUAAAAGAGACGAACCGCAUCCGCGCCGUUGUAGAGGAGCUUGCCAAGUUUAACGUGCGCGCAGUAGAGCACGGCGACGGUGUCGAGGUGUUUGGCACGCCGCUCUCUGCGCUGCGUGCCGCGCAAGUCCACUGCUACGACGACCACCGCGUUGCAAUGGCGUUUAGUGUGCUUGCUGCCGUCGCGCCUGCCCCCGGCAGUAUUUUCCUCGAAAAGCGGUGCGUCGAAAAGACCUGGCCGAGCUACUGGGACGAUGUGCAGCUCAAGCUUGGCGUGGCGGUCGCCGCUGCGAAUACCCAAGCGCCGAUUGUCGCCGCGCCCAUGCACAAAAAAGGCGCGCUCUGCAUCUCGCCCCUGCUUCCUUCGCUCACGCCGUCGACGUACAGUGCGGACGCGACGAUUUUGUGCAUUGGCAUGCGCGCGUCUGGGAAGACGCACGUCGGUGCACAGCUUGCGCAGCGAAUGCAGCGCCGCUUUUUGGACGCCGACGACCUCUUUGCCGCAGAGCACAAUAUCAAGGCCUAUGUCGACGCGUAUGGCUGGGACAAGUUCCGCGAAAAAGAAACAGAGAUCCUUGACACGCUCUUGCGGCAGUACCCCCGCGACCAUGUCAUUUCCCUGGGCGGUGGGAUCGUCGAGCGUGCCGAGAGCCGAGCGCUGCUGCAGCGCUUUGCGAUGGAGUCGGGUCCCGUGGUGCAUAUCGUGCGCGACUUUGCCGCGAUAAAAGCGUUUCUCGCGCACAGCAAUCGGCCCGCGUACGGCGAGCCGCUCGAGGAUGUGUACCAGCGGCGUUUGCCGUACUUCAAGGCGUGCUCGAGCGUCGAGGUGCUAAACAUGCCCGAGCUCGACACGGCACGCACAUUGCAGCGCGUGCUUGCUGUGCCGCUUGGCACUGUCGACACCAGCGUGCUCCACCGCCGCUCCUACUUCUUGUCGCUCACGUUUCCCGACGUGCGCGACGCCUUGCCGAGCAUGGAUGCAUGGAGCGCCGGCGUCGAUUUGGUCGAGCUGCGCGUGGACUUGCUCGCUGCGGAUGGCACCCCAUCGCUCGAGCGUGUGUGCGAGCAGGUAACCAUCUUGACCGCGGCGACUGCGCUCCCCAUCUUGUUUACCGUGCGCAGCGUAUCCCAGGGCGGCCGCUUCCCCGACGGCGAAGAAGCGCUCUAUUUUGCGCUCGUGCGCCUUGGCUUGCGUCUGGGAUGUGCGUUUGUGGACGUGGAGAUGCACCGCGCAGCGGCGCAUCUUGCCGCCGUGCACGACCAUCGAGGGCAUGCGCAGCUCCUUGCCUCGUUCCACGAUCUGCAGGGCACGAUGCCCUGGACAAGCAGCAGCGCUGCGCGCCUCUACGCCCAAGGCACGCGCCUCGGCGCGGCGGUCAAGCUUAUUGGGCAGGCGCGCACUCUCCAAGACAAUCUCGACCUCGAGCAUUUCCGCCGCGCGAUGCACGCCCACGCACCCGCUCCUCUCAUUGCGCUCAACAUGGGCGACGCGGGCCGCCUGAGCCGCGUGCUGAACACCGUCCUUACCCCCGUCACCCAUCCCGCGCUUCCGCAGAGCGCCGCGCCGGGCCAGCUGAGCGUGCAGGAAAUCAACCAAGCGCGCCACCUGCUGGGGCUCUUGCCCUCGCGCCAAUUUGUUCUGCUCGGCACGCCCAUCGCGCACUCGCUCAGUCCUUUGAUCCACAAUACAGGCUUUGCCCUGCUUGGCCUGCCGUACCGCUACGCGCUGCACGAGACGCCCGACUUGGACGGCAUUGACGCGCUGCUCCGUGCGCCUGACUUUGGCGGCGCAAGCGUCACGAUCCCGUACAAGCUGCAGAUCAUGCAGUACCUCGACACCAUUUCCCCCGAGGCGCAGAUAAUCGGCGCCGUGAACACGCUUAUCCCGCGCGAAAAAGACGGACAACAAACGGUGCACGGGGACAACACGGACUGGUGCGCGAUCCAGGCGCUGGCCGAGCAGCACCUGGGGGCUGCGCAGGGGUGCGUCGCACUGGUCAUUGGCGCCGGCGGCUCGGCGCGCGCUGCGCUCUACGCCAUGCACCGCCUCGGCGCCACACGCAUCCUCCUCUACAACCGCACCUAUGAAAAAGCCGCCGCACUCGCCGCCGCCGUCCCGGACGAGUGGCGCGUCGCGCCGCUUGCCUCGCUUGCAGACGCCGCCGUGCAGCAGCCGUCGGUCAUUGUGAGCAACGUGCCCGCGCACGGGACGUGCGUCGAAGGCGGAGAUGCGGACAUUGUGCUCCCUGCCGCGCUCGUGUCUGCGCCACGCGGCGUAGCGAUCGACAUGGCGUACAAGCCGGCUCACACGCCGCUCCUCCAGCUCGCAGACACGACAAACGGCGCAUGGACGGGCGUGCCCGGCAUCGCCAUCCUCCUCGAGCAGGCCUACCACCAGUUCACCCACUGGACCAACGCUUUGGCCCCCCGCGCCGCGCUGUCCGCCGCGGCGCGCCAGCACUAUAGCACGUGA